CAACAAACAUUAGCGAGCUAGCCAGUUGCCUCGUUAGCGACCCUCAUGCGCAGCGUCGUUAGCUGGAGCUUGCGGACAGACAGCAAGUCACAGUCUCACCCCGUUAAUGUCACCUCGUUUACUCCGCUGUCGACGUUAAUUCAACCUUCAUCUGCCGCGUUGAAGCGGAGCACAUUCGGCCUAUGCAGUCACCAGCUAGAUACAACUAACAGGCGGAGAGGAAGGUCCCUUUUCUCUCUCUUUCUCUCUCUCUUUCUCUCUCUCUUUCUCUCUGAAAAGUGGCUAACCUUAGCUAAGUAACCUUAGCAGCAACGAGAAGAGAAGAGGGAGGCUGGAGAUAUGUGAUUGUGGGUUAGCUGGCUGCUUAGCUCAUCUAAUGCUGGCGGACACUGGGUGGUAUCUGUGUACUGAAACUACCCAGGCGGAGUGGAACUGAGAAACACAGCCAGACAUCGCCACCAUGUUGGAGGAAGACAUGGAAGUGGCCAUCAAGGUGGUCGUGGUUGGCAACGGAGCCGUCGGCAAGUCCAGUAUGAUCCAGCGUUACUGCAAGGGCAUCUUCACUAAGGACUACAAGAAGACCAUCGGAGUGGACUUCCUGGAAAGACAGAUACUCGUGAACGACGAAGAUGUUCGACUAAUGCUGUGGGACACCGCCGGGCAGGAGGAGUUUGACGCUAUUACCAAGGCCUACUACCGCGGCGCCCAAGCAUGUGUGCUAGUCUUCUCCACCACAGACAGGGAGUCGUUUCAGGCUAUUGACAGCUGGAGGGAGAAGGUGGAGGCAGAGGUCGGAGAUAUUCCCACCGUUCUAGUGCAGAACAAAAUUGACUUGCUAGAAGAGACUGUUAUAAAAAACGAGGAGGCAGAAGCUUUGGCUAAAAGGCUGAAGCUGAGAUUUUAUCGAGCUUCAGUAAAAGAGGACCUUAAUGUCAAUGAAGUUUUUAAGUACUUAGCUGAGAAGUAUCUUCAGAGACUCAAGCAGCAAACCGCAGAGGAGACGGAGGUGGUCCACACAACAAGCAAUAAAAUAGGUGUUUUUAAUACCACAAGUAGUAAUGUCUGCAACCAGAGCUCCAGCAACGGCAGAGAAAUCAUCACUUUGCGACCUAACAAACAAAGGACCAAGAAGAGUAAAAAUCCUUUUGGAAGCUGCAGCCUGCUCUAGAUAACAUCAUUGCAUUUUAGUGACUGACUAUUGUUUCUGAGACUAGAGUGAUCAUUGUUGUAUUCUGUGGAGGUAGCCACAUUUAGAGACCAAAGCCCACACAGACUGGGAAAAUACUACUCCAUACUACUUUAAUGACCCGACGCUCAAUCUGAAUCCUAAGUUGUUUCCCUACAUUGAUGGUUGGAUUUCCCUUUGAUUCAGCCUUGGAUCUCCAUCAAUGUGCACAAAAGCUGUCAAUGUUCGUCCACUCUCGGGUCCCCCUUGUGGUUGCCUUACGUAACAGCAACAGCUGCGGCUCCAGUGCAUGUGCAGUUUGUUGUGUCAUGAGAUGAUUUUUACACCCACUCCUGUUUUUGACAUUUCAACUGUGCAAUCUGUUUGCAUGUAUUGUAGAAGAUACACAGAUUAUUUUGUACCAUAUUUUUCUAACUGUCAACAGAAUAUGGUUCAAACUAUACUGUUUAUCAUGGACAAAACACCUACCGAAUCCAGAGGUAAUUCUCUGCGCAGAAGUAUUUUUGUACGAAACAGUGUUGAGUGAUAUUUUCUCUGAAGUGUUGACAUAGUGCCAAAUUUCCUCUUUUUGAGCUGUAGUGAGAUAUUAAUAAUUCAGUGAUAUGGAAGUAACAUGAAAUUAGUAGAAUGUGCUCCUAUGUAUAACCAAAUAUCAAUAACUAUUUACACAAAAUAGUCCUCUUUAUGUCAGCUUACACUUUUUUACGGAUUUGUUAACCAAAUUGUAAAAUUUUCACAAAGUCUAGGACUCUGUGCGAAACACGAGAGGAAUUAAUGAUUCGUCGUAUCUCGAGUCACAAUCAGUUACAGCAUUAUGUUUGGAUUUCACUUGUUUCCAUUUUAUUUAACUGUACUUGUCUUUAACUUUGGUACAGCUUUGAGUAACGAUCGAUCAGACCCUUCUAACAUUUUAAACACUAAACAUGGUACAAGAUUUUAGUUUUUGCUUCUUAUGUGUGUUUGGCUUCUGUAGUAUCUAAUCGGUUUGUAUUGUGUAAAUGUCAUUCUGCUCCUUUUUGAUGGAGGGAAACGAGGAGAAGAAGUGGGAUGAGAAAGUUGAAAAGACUAAAUGCUCACUGCUCAGUGGUGUCUGUCUCUGUGGUAUGGAUCCUAAAGCUGACUCUAAGGACCGGAUGUUUUGCUUGUGCGUGCCUGAAUAUGCAAGGAAAUGAGUUUUCCUCUCACUACAUGAGGGUACUCCAAAAAAAGAUCUCCCAAACUAAUACAGCUAGCUGUGAAUUGUAUGUUACUGCCUUGUCUGCCUAAAGCCUUUUAAUUUUUAUUCUGAAACUCAUUUUCUGAACGACACCGGUUUACCAAGCACAAAGAAAUAUGUGGUCAUGUGGAAAAAUUAGAUUUCCUUAUAAAUAAUUAAGAUAAGUAUUUUACAUGGAAUUAGAAUACGUAGGACAUCUGGGAAUACGUGUGCAUGCACAUUUUUGUCAUUUAAAAACAUUUUUAUAAUCUCAGAUCUCUCUUAGAAGCUUUUUUCCAGAUUCAAAUGAACUACAUUAAGUUCAGACAAGACUGAAUUCAUUCCACUUAUACCAUUGUUACUAAGAUUGUGUCACAUUUCAAGCUUUCUCAUUUGUUUGUAUGUAAACAGUGGUGUUUUUAAAAAAAAGAAAGUGUGGCAUAACUGUGAUGCAUGCAAAGCCUUUUUUUUCCACAUCAGUGAAUGUCCAACCGUGGUUGCAAUGCCACAAUGCCUUGUCCACGUUUACAUUCCCCCCCAUCGACCACCAGUAAGCAUUUUGAUCCCCACUCUUGCUGUUUGUUUCAAAUUGCCUGCACAGUAAAUCUGUAAAUAAUUAUUUCUCAAACUAUCUCUUAUUUGUAACGUUGUGUUUACUUUGCCUCUUUGCUUUUUGACUGAAUGGAUUUAGCGCACUUUAUCAAGAAGAUGGCAUAUAAUCUUAAAGAACCAUAAGUUAAAACUAACCAUACUUAUGUGCUGUCACUCAGGUGUUGUAAUAAUUUUUGUGUCUUACUGUUACUCUUCUUUUUCACACAUGACUUCAUAAACCUAUUUCACACAUUUAGAUAGACAAACCAACAUAAUGUAUGCUUUCAGUCUGACAAAAACAACACUUUGUUGGAUUUUUUUGUUUUAACAGUUAAAAAUGUAUCACAACUUGAAGCGUGCUACACAACCGUGCACCUGAUGUUAUGUUUGUGGGGGGGAAGUUGAUGGUAAUCUGACAUAAAUAAAACUUUACUUUUUUCUUGGGCA